UCCUAUGGGUUUUGAUCACCAUAUUGUUUUUGCAACAUGGAGGACAGGUUUUAGGUUCAAGACAGUUUUUUUUUCCUAAUUGUUUUAGCUCACGAAAGUAGGUCCGUUCCUAACAAUGCUUAGCCAUAAGUUAGAUAUACCUUAAAGUCUAAAAAUAUUCCAAAAGAAAAUAUGUGCACUUUUUAAUAUAAUUUCCCAAGAUGUAGAUGGAAGCAAACAUUUUAAUGUAUUCUCAAAAGAAAAAAAAAUGUUUCUGAGGGCAACUGUUGAUAAGAAAUUACAAUGUAUUCUAAAAGGGAUAAAAUGAUCAUUCAAUCUGGUCAACAAAAUGUAUAGCAUAGUAAGAAGGUGUGACUUCACUCCACCUUCUUUAAGGGCAAAGUUGACCCUGGUUUCUUUAAUGACUAACUUUGACUUUCUCUUUGUUUUUCCUUCAACAUUAUUUCUUUCUCCGGAUGCUUUUGGCAAUCCAGGCACCCCUUUCACCACACAGGAAAGAAAGCUUCUGUAGCUCUUUGAUAACCAGUCACAAAAAGGGAGACAUUUUAGACCAACUAGUAACUAACACCCAAACUCCCUCCUGUACAGAGUACUUUACUAACAAAAGACCUGUUCAGCCAACUAUGUAUUCUAAUGACGAUCCUGGCCAUACGAUUGUCUAUUCUGAAGAAUCUAACACGACUGUGUCAUACACACAGAAACUCACUAAUCCUUUACCGGCAGCUUCCCGUACAGGUCCCCCACCAUUUGCUGACAUCAGUAGCCCAUUUCUACAAGAGGACUACAUGCAGGAUUCUCAAACUUGGAGAAUUUCUACCUUGAAACUAACACAUAACCAGGAUCAAGCAAGUAGCAUCCCCUUUAAUACACCACAGUUUUCCAAACCUGUUGAAGAACCAUCAUUUCCCAAAAGGCCUUGCUCACCGCCCCCUAACCCGGUGCCUGAGACACACACAGCGUCUCUUUCCAUUCAGAUAGCUCCUUUUUCAGGGCAUAAGCCUGAAAGCCACAAACAGAUACCUGAGCUUUCUCCAGAGACUGCAAAGAUACCUCUUCAGCAAGAAAGACAAAAAUCUGCAGCUGCUGCGGCCUCUCAGUCCUCUGCCUGCCGGGUGCUUGGAAAUCAGAACUUAACUGCCAACGCAUUGGAGAGCCAGAUAACGGUGAAUGGAAACUCGGGUGGUGCUGUGAGCCCAAUGAGUUACUAUCAGAGGCCGUUUUCCCCUUCAGCUUACUCUCUACCAGCCUCACUCAAUUCCAGCAUUAUCAUGCAGCAUGGCAGAUCACUUGAUUCAGCAGAGCCCUAUCCCCAGCAUGCACAGUCUCUGGAUGGCUCCACCGGCAGCUCGAUCCCACUGUACAGAUCCUCGGAGGAAGAGAAGAGAGUGACAGUCAUCAAAGCUCCCCAUUACCCAGGAAUUGGGCCGGUGGACGAAUCCGGCAUCCCCACCGCAAUCAGAACGACAGUUGACAGACCGAAGGACUGGUACAAAACAAUGUUUAAGCAAAUUCACAUGGUGCAUAAGCCUGAUGAUGACACAGACAUGUAUAAUACUCCUUACACAUAUAACGCAGGCCUGUAUAAUACACCGUAUAGUGCUCAGUCACACCCUGCGGCAAAGACGCAGACUUACAGACCUCUCUCCAAAAGCCACUCAGACAACGACGGCGCCGAAGCCUUUAAGGACGCGUCCUCCCCGGUGCUUCCCCCGCAGGUUCCGCCCCCCGUCCCACCACUUCGACCCAGAGAUCGGACUUCCUCGGAAAAGCAUGACUGGGAUCCUCCAGACAGAAAGGUCGACACCAGAAAAUUUCGUUCGGAGCCAAGAAGUAUUUUUGAAUAUGAACCUGGGAAGUCAUCAAUUCUUCAACAUGAAAGACCACCCCCUCUCCCAACAACUCCGACACCUCCUCCAAGGGAGCCGGCCCGGAAGCCUAUUUUUGUUCCACCACACCAAGAAGUAACUGGUAGCCCCUCCCCUCCGCCCAGGAGUGUCAUCCCCACAUCCAGCUUGUGCACCCCGGCUCUCUCUCCCAUCCGGACUGAUCGCAUAAAUCCAGAUGACAUAGAUUUAGAAAAUGAGCCCUGGUAUAAAUUCUUUUCAGAACUGGAGUUUGGACGCCCGCCUCCUAAAAAGGCUCUGGAUUAUGUUCAAGAUCAUUCUUCUGGUGUUUCCAAUGAGGCUUCCUUGUAUCAGUCCUCUAUAGACAGAAGCCUGGAAAGACCCACUAGUGCUGCAAGUAUGGCCGGCGACUUUAGGAAAAGGAGGAGGAGUGAGCCUGCAGUGGGGCCGCCAAGGGCCUUGGGGGAGCAGAGUGCAAGGAGGACCAGCCCCGGCCGUGCAGACUUCCCGGGAGCAAGCACCACAAAGUCUUUCAUUAGUUCUUCCCCUUCUUCCCCAUCAAGAGCAAAAGAAGGUGGGGAUGAUGGCAACGUGUGCCCAUCCCUCUGCAGUUAUGCAGGGCUCAACGGCAACCCCUCAAGUGAGUUAGAUUCCUGUAGCACCACCUAUAGACAGCAUCUGGAUGUCCCACGGGACUCCCAGAGGGCUAUUACUUUCAAGAAUGGCUGGCAAAUGGCCCGGCAAAAUGCAGAGAUCUGGAGCAGCACUGAAGAAACGGUCUCCCCCAAGAUCAAAUCCCGUAGUUGUGAUGAUCUCCUAACUGACGACUGCAGUAGCUUCCCUGAUCCGAAAACCAAGUCGGAAAGCAUGGGCUCCCUGUUAUGUGAAGAGGACUCCAAGGAGAGCUGCUCCAUAGCGUGGGCUUCCCCCUACAUCCAGGAGAGUCGCAGCAACGGCAGAUCAAGGGUUAAGUAUAGGUCAGCCCACGACGCCCCGGGGUUCCUAAAAAUGUACAAGAAAAUGCACCGCAUUAACCGCAAGGAUUUGAUGAAUUCAGAGGUGAUUUGCUCAGUAAAGUCGAGGAUAAUGCAGUAUGAAAAGGAGCAGCAGCACAAGGGGCUGCUCCACGGCUGGAGCCAGUCCUCUACCGAGGAGGUGCCCAGGGAUGUGGUGCCCACCCGCAUUUCCGAAUUUGAAAAGUUGAUCCAAAAAUCAAAAUCGAUGCCAAAUUUAGGAGAUGAAAUGUUAUCCCCCGUUACCCUAGAACCACAACACAACGGUUUGUGUCCCAAGAGGCGAUUUUCCAUCGAGUCUUUGCUGGAGGAAGAAAGUCAAAGCCGACACCCUUCUCAGGUACAACGAAGCUACAAGCCUACAACGCUGGUACCAAUUCAUAUCGAAGUCACCAGCGACGAGCAACCCAGAGCUCACGUGGAGUUUUCUGACAGUGAUCAAGACGGAGUCGUGUCUGACCACAGCGACUUCAUUCACGUAGAGGGAUCGUCCUUUUGCAGCGAAAGUGACUUUGAUCACUUUUCUUUCACAUCCUCCGAAAGCUUUUAUGGUUCCAGCCACCACCACCACCACCACCACCACCACCACCAUCACCGGCAUCUCAUCAGUUCCUGCAAAGGCAGGUGUCCUGCCUCCUACACUCGAUUCACCACCAUGCGGAAACAUGAAAGAGCGAAACAGGAAAACACAGACGAGCCCAGAAGACAAGAAAUGGACUCUGGCCUCUCAAAACUUGCAUUUCUGGUCAGCCCUGUGCCUUUCCGGAGGAAAAAAAAUUCAACUCCCAAAAAACAUACUGAAAAGGCAAAAUGUAAAGCAUCCGUUUUUGAGGCUUUGGACUCCGCCCUUAAAGACAUUUGUGACCAAAUUAAAGCUGAAAAGAGAAGGGGAAGCUUGCCAGACAACAGUAUAUUGCACCGUCUUAUCAGUGAACUGCUGCCAGAUGUUCCUGAAAGGAAUUCAUCACUUACAGCUCUAAGAAGGAGCCCCAUGCACCAGCCUUCACACCCAUUGCCUCAAGAUGGUGCUAUCCAUUGUCCAUUGCACCAGAACGAUUGUGGAAGGAUGCCUCACAGUGCCUCCUUCCAGGACGGGGACACAGCUAACAGCUACCACCACCAUGACCACGAUAGUGCACUGGGUCUCCAAGACCACGAAUCCCCUAGAAGCUACUCAUCGACUUUGACUGAAUUGGGGAGAAGUGCUUCAAGGGAAAGAAGAGGAACUCCAGACAAAGAGAAACUGCCUGCGAAAGCUGUUUACGAUUUUAAGGCUCAGACAUCUAAAGAGUUGUCAUUUAAGAAAGGAGAUACUGUCUACAUCCUCAGGAAAAUUGAUCAAAAUUGGUACGAGGGAGAGCAUCAUGGAAGAGUUGGCAUUUUUCCAAUCUCAUACGUAGAGAAACUUACACCUCCUGAAAAAGCACAGCCUGCAAGGCCACCUCCCCCAGCCCAUCUUGGAGAAAUCGGAGAAGCUAUAGCCAAGUAUAAUUUCAAUGCAGACACAAACGUGGAGCUCUCACUGAGAAAGGGAGAUAGAGUUAUUCUUCUUAAAAGAGUUGAUCAAAACUGGUACGAAGGUAAAAUUCCAGGAACCAACAGACAAGGUAUCUUCCCUGUCUCCUACGUAGAAGUCGUCAGGAAGAACACAACAAAAGGUGCCGAGGAUUACCCUGACUCUCCAAUACCCCACAGCUAUUCUAGUGAUAGGAUUCACAGCUUAAGUUCAAAUAAGAUACUGGUCUUGAUGCUUAGUUUAAAAAGAAAGGAAAUUCUUUUGAGAGUUCAGUGCACUGGAAAUUUCUACCAAUAUUUCUCUUCUAAGCCACAGCGUCCUGUGUUUACUCAUGAAAACAUUCAAAGUGGGGGGGAACCAUUUCAGGCUCUGUAUAACUAUACUCCUAGGAAUGAAGAUGAGCUGGAGCUCAGAGAGAACGAUGUCAUCGAUGUGAUGGAAAAGUGUGAUGAUGGAUGGUUUGUGGGAACCUCAAGAAGAACCAAAUUCUUUGGUACCUUUCCGGGAAACUAUGUCAGGAGGCUGUGAAUCAUUCCCCCUCCUUAUUUAUGCCACCUUUGGGCAUCGUAUAUGCAUAAACUUGCCUGAAGCAUCCCCGCAGGCCUUCCUUUGUCAUGCCUUACAGUUUGCAGUACAAGUCACCCAUUGUCACCACCUCCACCUGCCACCAAGUCACCAGCAGAGUAACUGCCACUGCGGCGCCUUGGGGAGGUGUGGUAGGAUUGCUUCCACGUGAAAGUAUAUAUUCCCGCUUUCUGCUCUAAACUUUUAAAAGUUGAUAUAUGAGAUCGGAAUUCAUCAUAUUUGAAAAUGGUAAAAUAUUGGAGCAAAAAAAAAAAAAAUGCGUCUCAAAGAAGCUCUUCUGGUACUCUAACAAAAUACUCUGGAAGAUGUUCUCCCGUCAGACAACCAGAAGAUGGUUUAUCACUAAAUGCUGUGGUUUGCAUUUCCACGUCCUUAGCUUGGCAGUGUAUUUUUCUUUCACGAGUUUGCCUAGUGUCCUGGUUUACACACUCUGUCAACUGUACUUCAGCUAUUGUUUGCCUGCACUUACAUGUGGUAAUAUGCACAUUGAUUAUAAAAUCUAAAGCAAGAGCAGAAACUCUAACUCAGAUGAGUGUGAUUUUGUUGAUUGAAUGUGAGUUUUCAAAAAGGAGUCUUUUCCUGCAAUUUUUUUUGUACUUUGUAGAAGUGCAAACAGUAAGUGAAUAAGAGCCUCUGGCAAUAAUCAUAAGACUAUAAAAGGUUUAGCUAGAUGACAAAAAAGAAAAAAAAACUAUUGUGUUGUAAAGUUGCAUUGCUAUUUUAUAUUAAAAUGUAAUAAUCAGCAUCAUGAACAAUGAGCUCUUAGUAUUUUAUUUAUCUGAUAAAAUUUAAAUAAAAGCAGCAGUGUUAGUGAGAAGUGCAAAGAAUUAUUCUAACAUAGACACUUGAAAGUAUCUGUAAGCAGUAUUCAUAGGUUAGAGUUCACUGUGUGUACACAUAUACACUUGAGAUUGAGAAUGUUCGAUCCAUAUGAUAUGUUGUACAUUUUAUGGAAAUGUAAAAGAAUCCCACACAUUAUUUUCUAGUAAUAGAGUACUUUGGAAGCAUCACAAGUAUUAAGGCUGGUUUUAGCAAGGACUAUGAUCCCUAUGAUUAUUUUUACUAUGAUAAUUAUUUUUCUUCUAUGGAACUCAGAAUCCUGGCUACAUUUGAGGACAGGACUAUGUUGAGCCUGAUUUUCCUGGUGUGUGUAAAAUAAUUCCUAGGAAUAAAUUAGGCACUAUUUAGAGGUGAUGUUAAAUCAUUCAGGUUAUACUUUAUACCCUGAAGCAGAAAUUUACAAAAUGAUGUUGGGACCUGGAAGAUUUAAUAUGAUUAACAGUGCCUGAACUGCGCACACCCUGAGAACUGGCUUUGUAUUUCUUAAUGACUUUGCAUAAGAACUAUUCAUAUUUGGAUUUUGAGCACCUUAUAGAUAAAAUUUUUUAUGGCAUUUCUUUCGUGGACAGUGAUUGAUCUUUUCACAAGGUAUGUAGACUCUAGAAUUUUGUACAUAUGUUUGCUCUCUUUUUGUACAGACUAUUUAGUUGUUGAGAAAAUGGGAAUUUCCUAAUUUGGUCUGUAUCCUGCAUUUACAUCAAGCUAAAACUUCUUUGGCAGAUUUUCCUUUCCAUAUCCUACAGAUCACAAGCACGCCUUGAUAGUGCAAUUCUGUAAGAUAGCAUUUAUGCAAAAGUUUAUGAAUUUAAAAGGUCUUAGUGGCCAAACUGAAAUGUAUAUAGACAUUGAUUACAGGGGAAUUACAUUAGGAAGAAAGUAAGGAAACAACUUUGAGUAGUCUGCCUUGAUUACUGGUUCAUGACCAGCUUUAUAUUUUAAAGGCUUUGGGUUUUGAAAUUAGUUCAACUGCAUGCAGCUUUGCUAAUAAAUGGUUAAUAAUCUUUGAUGCCAUUUAUGAGAAAAGACUUCAAUAUCUGUUGCCUGUCAUGUUUAAGAAAAAUUACUGUUUCUAUGCUCUGUAUCUGAUUUUAAAAGAAAAAAUAUUCAUACCUGGCUUUCAGAUCAUUGACUUUGAAUUCUUACAAGCAAAGGUCAUUGUGUUUUUCUUGAAUAGACAUCUAAUAAAUUUUGCUUGGAAAUAUA